GCUGCCUCAAAUGUCGCACACGCCGAGAAUCUCCUCUUUGCUUCCCGCUAGAGCAGCGAGCGAGCCCCCGUUGCUCCUUGGCGGUCACCGCUUGAGUCCCCUGCCAAGGAGUUUUGAUGUGACUCUAACGAAGAAAGGACGUGAUGCUACCGAAUGUGCUAGAAGAGGGAGAGUUACUGUACGGUCGAUGCAGUACAAUCGGCUUGGCGCGUCUGACCUGGUGGUGUCUCGGAUUUGCCUUGGGACCAUGCAGUUCGGAGAAGCGCUGAGUUACCAGGAGGCAGCAGCGCAGCUAAGGAGGGCGGUGGAGGGAGGGGUGAACUUCUUUGACACGGCUGAGAUGUACCCUGUGCCGCAGAGGCAAGAGACUCAGGGUUUAAGCGAGGCUUAUCUGGGUCGGUGGAUGGCAACUUCUGGCAUUCCAAGGGACAAACUCGUUGUGGCCACCAAGAAAUAUUUCAGGUGGCAGGCCCGUCCGCCCAGAUGACUUGGAUCAGAGGGGACCCUCUAGUCUGGACCCCGCUAACAUCACAUCCGCCAUAGACACGAGUCUGCAGCGGCUGGGGUGUGACUAUAUCGAUCUGCUGCAGCUGCACUGGCCAGACCGAUACGUGCCCAUGUUUGGCGACUGGGAGUUUGACCCGCGCUGUGACUAUAACGAGUACAGCCCGUUUGAGGCUCAGCUGGAGGCGCUGGGGAGAGCCGUGGAAGCAGGCAAGGUGCGGUAUGUUGGACUCAGCAAUGAGACAGCGUGGGGCUUGGGGAAGUUCCUGGAAGCUGCCAGCCGUGCACCUGGUGCU